AUGUUCAGCACAUCCUCCAUCUCCCGUCACCAUAUCACAUUCGAGGCCGCCGGACUCGUCGCCCUCGCCGAUCUCUCCAUCGCCGCAGUGAGGACGGCGCUAACAGGAACAGUCUCCCCCCUCGAUGUCCUCCUCCUCGCACCCGGCAUGCACCAACAGCAAUCUGCAGAAGAAGUCAAUCGCGGCGAAUUUCCAACGAUUGGGGCGAUAACCACCGGGUACGUCUUCCGCGUCGAGAACCCCGCCACUGUCAGCUACCUGCAGCGCAUCGGUCGCACGGGCCACCUCGUCACCGCCAGGGUAUCCAACCCUUCCCGCGACGCUAAACUGUCCCCACACAACCGGCUCGUCCAAUCCUUCUUCGUCGCUGGAGUCCCCGCGACGUUGCUAUACCUCCUCGGCCCGAUCCUGGCCGUCGUCGUACUCGCAUUGCUUGCCGCUAUAAGGGACUGGUGGGGAUUCUGGAUGCUUGGGAUGCUGAUAGUGGCCCGCGCGAUCAACGUGAUCAUCAUCAGGCGGAGGAGCAAAGACUCGAAAGAGUGGAAGGGUGCACCGGAGGAGGGCGAGGGCGAUCUGCUCAUUCUCCUGAGCCAGGAUCGCUGGGUGCGCUUGCGAGGGUCGUUGCAUGAUAUCAAGACUGUGACGGCGGGUGAAUGGUUGCGAGAUCAGAGCACCCUAGAGAGUUUCUUUGUGGCUCUCGCGACGUUGUUGGUGUAUAUGGCUGCGGCACUGGCUGGGAACGCGUCGACGAUGGGGAGCUUGCUUUUUGAUUGCUUGCUUCUGUGCUCUGCCGCGCUCUUGGGUCUCAUCAGCAAUUCUUUGAUGCCAUGUUUGCAAAUGUUUGAUUGUAUUAUAUGGGUUGAGGAAGAACCAAAAAAAUAUGAGCAGAGAUUGUACAUGGUAAAUAAGAUGAUUGAGGAGAGCAGGAGGAAUGACUGGGCUAUUGGCAUGGGACUUGUUAUUGCUAAAGAUCCCUGCAUCUCUGUUACUGUUUGA